AUGAAAACCUUAACAGAUAAGUCACGUAAAUCGGAAGAAAUUGAUGCAGUUUAUAGUCGAGGAAGGAAUUAUCGAAGAGAAACGCAUUCAGGAUUAACGGGGAACGGCGGUAAAGAACAGAAAUUUAACAACAGAUUAAAUUGCAGCAGAUGUGGUCAGGGAAACCAUAGUUAUGAUAAAUGCCCAGCUGUGGGAAAAGAAUGCAGAAAUUGUCACAAGAAAAAUCAUUUUAUGAGUCAAUGUAGAACCCGAGACAAAGAAUUGCCAAAAUAUCCGAGAAAACAUCGAGUCGAUACGGUAGAAAACAACGGUAAACAAGAGAGGGACGGUGAACCAAGUA